GGCUGGUCGUUUCGAAGCACGGUCACUGAUUUGUGAGCACGGUCGACAAAAUGGUGGAAGAAUAGGCCUUCUCAGAGAUAAAGCUUACCCGAAAAAAGCUUAUGAUCCUGCAUAGAUAUGGAUCCCUACGGCAAGAUGAAUCUUGGAAAACUUACUGAACAGCUUCAAGAAUAUCUUACAAAGUUUGGAAAUGGCCUUGGCCUUUUAGACGAAGAAGACAAGGGUGCAAGAGCUCAUCCGUAUGGCCCAAUCAAUAGUUAUGGAGAACUUGGAGAUAUUCAUCAAAUAAUAAAUGCAAUGAAGCUAAGAUGUGAUCAGCUAAAAUCAUCAGAGAAUGCAGUCAAAGUUUUGAAAUUCUCUCAGGAAAGCCAUUUGCAAGAAGAAAUUUCAAACCCAUUGAAGUCUUGCCUGAAAGACACUAUUGAAAAACUCAGGAAUGCAGCUCCAGAUUUGACGCUAAAGUCUGUUUUGCAAAAGCUUCAAGCAAUCAGCGAGGAGACUGGGCUGAAGUUUGAUCAUGGCGGACAAACUGGAACUGACUGCUUCAUUAGUUCUGAUAUGUUUUAUUUUGAGAUUAAACUAAACAGCACUGGUGGCAUCAUCGAUGUGCGUGAGCAGCUUCAUAGUGGAGAACCAAAAAGCUGCCGAGAGCUGGCAGACAUAUUGAGAGAACGGAACUACAAGGAGUUCAAAACCAGACUAAAAGGGCUUGCUGAUCUGUACAGAAUAAAAGUUGACACGUUUAUGAAAUCAUCACAAAUAUUUGCUGCAUUAGAGGCCGUGGAAACAGAUAUUAUUAAAUUGUCGAGAGUUAAAGAAGGGUUUCUUGAUGAGCUGGAGGCUUUGAAUAACAGUCUUGUAGGAUACAUUUUUCAACGACAAGGAGGCCAACUCAUGCAGUUGACUUUUUUCGCAAACCCAAUUGAAAUUACUUGUAAGCAAAGCCAGGUUUCAAGCUCUGAAAAUAAUGUGAUUUCAAGAGACUUCGGGCUAUCGUCGGAAAUCGCCGUUGAAUCUGCAAACACAUAUCGUCUUCCUACUUCGAGUCUCGUCAUUGUUGAUGAUCAAAAUAGGGUAAGGUAUGGUAAUUUAGACAGCAAUAACAGUGACGAGCUGCCUGCUUCCUUGGUCAUGCGCCUGACUAAACCAUUUCCAAUCUCUGCGAGCUGUUUGAAUGAGAUCCAUACAAUAUUAACGAAAUCAGCCUCAGAUCAAUUCGUGCAUGCAUCCGAGGCUUCAUUGGACAACCUGGUAAUAAAAAAGGAGUUGAAUAUGAAAAGCCGCGAAGAUUGGAGCCGUAAACCGCUCCUUGUAACCCUGCCAGAUGAAGGCCACGUUUAUCGAAUCUCACCUUCAGAUACUGCUGCCAACAUUGGGUUUGUUAUUGUGCGACUGCCAUUUCAGCAUCCGAGUCAGGUACCCUUGAUCAUUAAGGUUCUCAGAAGGCAGGCGGUGUACAAUUUGUUGCUUACUAGUUGCACAGGGAAACAAACAGAAGUUCUGGGUAAAGAGAAUUUAAAGUAUUUUGACGUGAAAGCCACAGAUUCAAGUUCCAUUGAAGUAUCUUUUCAGCAUCCUCUUCACAUGAGCAUGUGUUCAGUCAAUUUUGUUGUUUCCUCACAUCGAAAUGUGCAAGCAACCUUGAUUACAGCACCUGGGGCCCCUGUAUUUUGCAGCCAGGUGUACAUGGAAAAUGUCGUCAACAGAUGCCUGUCAAUACCGAUUACGAUGCGAUGUAUACUGAGAAAGGCUGCGUGCUUUGUACCUAGCAAGUCAGCUGAUGUGGAUGUCCCUACUUCCAAAGAUGAAUCAUCCCGACCCAAACAGCUGAAGCUACUUAUUCCGUCUUUCACAAUGGAUAAUUCCGGUUCAAUACCUUUGGUAUCACCUGGUAUUCGUACAAACCUUCUUCCGACCUUCUCUUUAGGCUCGGACUCAGCAUCCGGGUCUUCCUUUCAGUUUCCAGUCCCGGAUCUAGCAGCUACCCUUCCAGGUGGAUACACAAAGCCAGCAUUUGCGUCACCCAAGAAAGGAAAAGACCCAUUGGGGAAGCCAGCAACACCCGGUACUCCUAAAUCUAGAACUAUGAAGUUACCAAAGAUAACUUUGAAAAGAAAGCGUGACGGAGAUGAGUAUGAGAUCGACAAGGAAAAGUCGAAUUUCGACGUUUUAGAAGAAUCGGAUGCACAAACAAUUGCUGAGAGUUUAGCAGACGAUGCUAAGCAAAUUCUUGACCAAUCAGGUGUCAGUUCUAAGCGAGAUGGGGCCCAAUUGAUCACUGAGAAUCAGGCCAUUCAAGGCCAACAACCAAGAGACCUUUCAUUUACAACUAGCAACAUGCCUUUCGAUCUUUCAGUUGAUAAUUUAUCCACAAAUGCAAUAAGCAUAAAUUCGGUUGGUGAGUUGGAAGGUCUUUUAGGCCCAAGCAUCGAUGUUUCGUCGUUGAUGGGUAGUGGUUUAGUAACUCAGCUUGGAAUUGCUGGCUCCACGUUUCCAGAUGGAUUCUCUGGUAUAACAUCAACAGAAGGUGUCUCAGAGAAUCAAGUAGAAGCAUUUGAUUUGGAUGCAAUAUCCGGAGGCUCAAAUAUAAGCUUCGGUGUUGAUGACUCGUUAAGCGGCGUUCAGGGGGCUGCCAUUGACCCUUCUAUGGUCGUGAGCUCUUCAGCCUCACUUUCGAAUGCACCGGUUUUUGAUGUCCACCAGUCCCUUAUUGACAUUGAUUCAUUUAUAAUGGGUGCCGAAGAAGGUGGAAAGUCGACAGCAAACCAGUCCUCAAUGGGUGGAGAAUAAUUUAUGGAACAGAUUUAGUAGCAGUAAUUAUCAUUAUUUAUGUAGAGUAUGGUCACCGAAAUGUACUAUAGCCGGUGGUGUCUGAGAACUGUCACUAUUGAUGCCAAUAUGCAACAGGUCAACCAUAUAGACAAGCUAUCUUAGUUACAUCGAAUCAUAUUGAUAGAAGAGACCGUUUGGGAGGAUUCCAAUCUUUAUGUUCUCACUUUCCAUUUUAGCCACAUACAUGGUUGUGAAAUAAUACGCCCAUUUGCAUUUUUAAGUAAAAAUUUGCCUGUAUUUUCUUGCUAGACAGACAGAGAAAUUUUGAAACCUCCUGGAGCUCUUCCAAGCUUCGGACGCCAUGAACAUUUAUAGUGUAUGAGAUGUUCCAUUUUUCUGAUUGAGUUGAAUGUUAGCAAACCAUUAAGAUAACUUUGGGUUUUCGAAUUUUAAGGGAGCAACAUUUAAUAUUCUAUAUCAAAAUCAAUUACAGUUCAAAUUUAUGGAUGCCAAAACUAGGCUAGCUUUCCCACAAAUUUUCAGAGGAAAUUCUAAACUCUGAAUCGAUCGUUACGGUGCAUUCGGCUUGUUGAGGUGAUUACACAGAGCCGGUUUAAAACCAUUUUAAUGUUAGAAUAAAAGGCUCAUA